UCGCCUUCGCCGACCGGCAAGCAACUCAUGAUCCAAACAGGGCUAUUACAAGACGCGCACAACGACCUCAUUACCGACGCGUCGUAUGAUUUCUAUGGUUUGAGACUUGCAACGGCGGGUCUAGAUCAGAGGGUGAAAAUCUGGUCUCUAGACGAGCUUACGGGAAAAUGGACGAUUGCGCACGAGUGGAAGGCACACGACGCGCCGGUAUCCAAACUAUCAUGGGCGCACCCUGAAUUCGGUUCGAUACUCGCAAGCGCCUCUUUUGAUAGGACGGUCAAAGUUUGGGAGGAGACUGUCGUACCUGGGGACGCGGACCAACCAUCUCAAUCCCAACAAAGUCAAGCCACCGAACCCGCGUCGCAAGGCUCGCAAAACGAUUACAACGACGGCGCAGCGGAGCCGUAUGUCGUUCUAAAUACACGAUGGAUCGAGCGCGCUAUAUUACAUGACGCGAAAGGCACCGUACGCGGCGUUGAGUUUGCGCCUUCGUACUUCGGGCUCAAGCUGGCUACCAUCUCAAGCGACAACAACCUGCGCAUCUACGAAGCAGUAGAAGAGCCUGCAGGCCCCUCUCAGCCGACCAAUGUUCCUACCCGAACCUGGUCCCUGUCCGAAGAACUGGAUGUCACUCUCCUGCCAUCCUCCCCAUCGGCCAAAACAAUCUCCCUCACUCACACCCUCUCCCCAACACCCACGCAAACGCAAACGUCCAUGGCAGGCGCGAAUGCGACUGCGCAGGCAACAUUAUUGCAACAGGAGUUACACGCACAACAGGAGAAGGAACAAGAACGAGAGAAGAAGCGGGGCGGAAACCGCGAAGCCGACGGGGGUUGGACCCUUAGCUGGUGUAAAGACCGGCACUGGGGCGAAUUGAUAGCUGCUGCUGUCGGAACCAGCGGCAUUGUUAAAAUAAUUCAUUUGUCACCUUCCCGGAGACCGCAAACACUGCUCAUACUUGACCCGUCGUCUCCUUCCACCUCUGGCCAGCAGCGGACGACAGCGGCGCCGAACAAUCCCUUAGGGUUCAUCAAUGGGCAUUCUCGAGCGACGGACUCGACAGCCACGUCGGAUGAGACAACAAAGCUCUCCGUUACUUCGGUUUCCUGGGCGCCAUCCUGCGGCCGGUCCUAUCAUCUCAUCGCGACCGGUUCCCUGGGCGGACACGUACGGAUAUGGAAGGUGAAACCACCGGCCGACAGCGAAGGCGAGGGGGCCAACGGGGGCGUGAGCAGAGAGGAUGAUGGGUGGACGGGGGAAAUGGUCGCUGAAUUCGACGAUCAUCAGAGUCCCGUGACGAGAGUAGAAUGGAACAUCACCGGGACAAUCCUAUCCUCAGCGGGCAACGAUGGUCGUAUCCGGCUAUGGAAAGCCACCUUCAGUGAUGUCUGGAGAGCAGCCGGACACAUCAAUGUCGAACAGGCACCAGAACAUGAUGACGACGAGGAUACUGGGGAGGGAGAUGGAGAUAAGGGUGACGAUGUCGAUAUGGAGGGAUGAGUAGUAGGUGUCGUCAGGCAGCAUUGUUGUGAUAUCCAUAUUUGAUGCUAAUGCAUACUCUCACCU